AAUGGUAUCCACACGACAAAUGGCCACAAGUAGUGGCAAUGGCCCACUAAAUCACAAUUCCACCGCUGUAGAUUCCGCUCGAUUUCCUGCAAUUGCCGCACACACUCAACGUGGGAUCGUAGGAGCACCCACAAUAUCCUCGAUCAUUGCUACGAACUUAGCCGCUUUUGCGACUCGUCAAUGUGCUCAUCAUCAGAAUCAUCAUCAGUUGGUUAAAUUGAGUGACACCACUACUGACGCAAAUGAAAACACAGAAGACCCCGUGCAGCUACUUGAUUUGCCUAAUGAAAUUUUAGCAAAAAUAUUUGCUUAUGUGGGUUAUCGAAAAGUUGGUCAACUGAGAGUGGUUUCUCGCAAAAUGAACGAUGUUUGCAUGGAUAUUUUGAACUCAACCUUUUCACGUCUUAUUACGCAAACAUAUAACCGUUUUCACGCCAUUAAAGCCAACAUGCCGCGUCGUGAAUCUGCGCGUCGCAACCAUCCAUUGGCUUGCGAAUGCGAUAUCAUUGAAACGUGUUACAUGCGCCUGUCGCUGCUGCAAAUGACUUUUGGUAAACAUAUCGAGCGUGGCCACUGUAGUUUCUUUCCUGGAGCCAUUUUAGAUGAAGUAUAUAAUAUUUUAAUUUAUAUAAGAAAUACGCCGCGCCUUGAGCGUCCUUAUCGGGUUACCGAUGAGCUAUUUGAUCUCUCCACAAUGGCCAUGGAAUACUUCAGGGAUCGCAUUGAGCAAACUUUGCCUGAUAUUGCUUGCUAUAAGGAUUUUUACAAAUUACCCACCACCACAAAAAGACCUGCUUUGGUUGCAUCCGUUGAUGUUGAUAGCUCCUCGACGUCACCACCUCAAAGCAAUAUGGUAUUGCGUAAAGGUAUACGCAAAAUCAAGCAGGGUAUGAAAAUUUAUAACAAUCAGUUGUCGGUAUUACGUAAUGAGCUGCGUACCUGUAAGCGAAAAUCGUCGGAGCAGGGUAAGCAAAUUGCCGAACAACAAAAAUUAUUGGCGGAACAGCAGAAACAGACGUUGGAGUAUGCCAAUCGGAUGGACGAGAAUGAUAAGAAAAAUGAAGAGAUGGCACGCAAGUUCUCCACUUUGUUGCAGGAAUUAAAUAAGUGUAAAACUGAAUUGCAAUAUUGGCGUUCCAAGAGCCCAGCCAUUCCAAUUUGUACAUCAUGCGGCCAGAGGCUUGCGCCUUUGUUGCCGCCUCCUGAGGAUUUCCAAGCAUUGAUCAAUCAAGGUGUUAAGCCAGAGGACAUAAUACUCAACUUGAGCGACGACACAGAUAUCGAAAACGAUAUCACCAUGCAUGAUCCCAAUGGAACAUCGAUAGAAGUAUCAACACCAUCGCCUCAACCGUCAGUUUUCGCUUUUCCUGAUAAAGAAACUACCACCAAAUUAUUGGCUGUCAGCAGUACAGUGACUAAAAAUCAGCUCAAGCGUCAGCAUUUCAGUGCCAGUACAUUGUCAAACACCAUUGGAAAUACAUGCAAUGAGGGCGGUAGCAACAGUGUAUUUAAUAUUUAUGCCACUGGAAGUCAUAAUAAUAGCAACAAUAACUGUUGCAACUGUCAGCGCAAGGGUAGUGACAAUCAGGCGGGAGCACUUCCAAAUCCAACGGCAAGCAGCGACGUUCUGGUGGAAUUUGGUAGCGCCAUUGACGCUGAUGAUAGCAGCAUUGAUGCAGUUGACCAGUUGUUGCCAAGCGAAAUGACAAAUCGCUUGAAUUAUGUGCGUUGUAGCAACAUAAUACGCACGACUGCGAGCAACAGCCACACUUUGUACAACCUGCAACAAGAGAAGCAACAAAGCAAUGCAUUGACUUCAGUAACUAAACCUAUUGGAGACGUUGCAAACUAUGAGCCGACAGGGAUGACUGCACCAGUGAUUUUCGCCGGCAAUGAAAAUGCAAUCAGCACGAAGUUGGCGCAGGUGGGUGGCCGUUCGCAUAGGAGCGUGAUUGUUAGUCCGGCCAUGCUUUCAGCCACUAAGAGUAACGGCAGCGGCAGCAGUUUGCAACACGGGUUAAGCGGAGCUUGUAAUGCAGUUGGAGCAGGUUUAGGUCCUGAAAAUAAGUGUGGCCCGUCUACAUUACUGGCUGGGACUGCAGAAGGCUGUGGUGGUUGUGGCGGCAAACAGAUUGCCGAGGAGACGGCUGUGGAGCAUGUCGUUAGCUUGCAGGGCAUUACGUCGCACGAGACAAAAAAAGCACGUAGAGUACAAAAAACCACGAGAUGUUUAAAUGGUAGUGGUAAACGCAGUAAAUAAUAAUAUAAUAUUUUAAAUGUAACACUUUUACUGUAGUGUUUUCCUUUUACUAUUCGAAUACAUAUGAUAAGGAAAGUAGAAAGAAAAACUAGCGGCGGGAAGGUGAAUAAUCCUUAAAAAGUGUAUGCAACAAAAGCGAAAGAAAAUCAAUAUUACUUUUAAGAAGAGCAGUAAACGGCAAUUGUUCAAAGUUGGCUUUGUGGUUUUUUAUUCAACAAAAUGUAAUACACACAUUUAUAUAUAAUUUAAUACAGUUAGGUAUAUACACGUAUUCAGUUGGAAGUGAUAAGUUCGAACGUCGAAGGCGUCGUGAUAAUUUAAUGUUUUAACUUUCCGUUGUAAUUUUUUCCUGAAACCAUUUUUCAGAUAGCCUUCAAAAAUAUGCAACAUCCCAAUUGGACACAUAUGCUAUGCACUCAUCUGCACAUAUGUACAUGUAUGUGCACAGAAUUUUUUUAGAGUAACUAACACUAAAAAAUGUCAAAGUGAUGUGAAAGUAAUAUAUGUAAAAAAAAAUAAAAAAUUCAAAUUGAAAGCGAUUUAAAAGUAAACAGGCAGUGAAUGUAGAACUUGAAAAAUAUGUUUCAAAUCAAAGUAUACAUAGUGCAUACAUACAUAUAUACAUAUAUAUCCAAAAAUACAAUAUACUAUUUUUUAAUUGGUUAAAAACAAUAGCCAGAAAAUGAGCAAACAACUACCAUUAUUAAUUGUAUGUUGUUUGUUACUUCUUAAUAAUAAUAAUAUUUGUUGUAAAAAACGCCAACGAAUUCAUGUUUUUGAUUUUACUUUGCAUAAAGCAAAACCUAAAAAAAGGGAAUGAACUCUACUUUGAAUCUGAAUGGAAGAUUAAUUGGCGUUUGAACAGUUUUAAGUUUUCUGUGUAUGAAAUAAAAAUUAUUUAAAGCCAA